AUGCGUCUAAAAGAAUUGUUGCCUAACUUUUUGAUUGUUCAUCAGGAGAUCCCUGAGGAUCCUAUUGCAUUCAAGUCCCCUGGUAAACGAGAGGAUGAAAAAAAAAAGAUCACCAUCCCUGAGCUAAUAGAUAAUAAGGUUUCUGAAUUAGCUGAUGGUGCUACUGAUACUUUAUAUGGUUUGCUGGUCAAUGGCCAUUUACAAACUGCAUACGGUUCAUUCAGACACUUCGACAAUAUAGAUAAAGUUCAAUAUAAAAGAAUGAUAAUCAAAUACCCACAUGGGGGCGAAGGGACUGUAGAUUUUGCUGUAAAUGAUAGAAGUAUCAAAAGAAGAAAAGUUGAGAAAGAAUACGUGCCGGUAACUCAACCGGUAUUUAAUGGAAACUUGAAACGAAGAUAUUCGUACUAUUCCCCUGAUGAUCCUAAAUUGAACUCAGACGAUGCAAAACCUAUGCUUAUUAUUCUUCAUGGAUUAACAGGGGGCUCCAGGGAAAGCUACGUAAGGGCAAUUGUCCAUGAAAUCACUGCGAAUUAUGACUUCGAAGCAUGCGUGUUUAACGCUAGAGGAUGUUGUUAUUCUGCGAUCACAACACCCCUAUUAUACAACGGCGGUUGGACCAACGAUAUAAGAUACUGUGUUAAUGACUUGAGAAAAAGAUUUCCGAAUAGGAAGUUCUAUAUGAUGGGGUUUUCGUUAGGUGCAUCUAUAAUGACGAAUUACCUGGGAGAAGAGUCUGAUCGUACCAAAAUCGAAUGCGCUAUUUCCGUUAGUAACCCAUUUGAUUUGUACAACUCUGCAUAUUUUAUUAACAGUACACCAAUGGGGUCACGAUUUUACUCACCUGCACUGGGCCACAACUUGCUACGCAUGGUUCGAAACCAUCUUUCUACUCUGGAAGAAAAUCCUGAUUUCAAAACUGUUAUCGAGAAGAAUUUGAAAAAGAUCCGCACAGUGAGGCAAUUCGAUAACUUGUUGACAGGGCCAAUGUUUGGGUAUAAGAAUGCAGAGGAAUAUUAUAAGAAUGCUUCAUCAUAUAAAAGAAUACCCGGGAUCAGAACUCCUUUUAUAGCUUUGCAUGCUCAGGAUGACCCAAUUGUCGGAGGCGAUCUCCCUAUUGACCAAAUAAAAUCUAACCCAUUCACUUUGCUACUAGAAACUUCAACAGGGGGUCAUGUUGGAUGGUUCAAAGACAGAUCCGGCAAGAGAUGGUACGCAGAGCCCCUAUGCAGAUUUCUGAAGGUAUUUUACGACGAGAUUACAGUAAAAGGAUUAAAACCUGACUUAGAUAAUGUAUCACUCCCAAAUCCCAAUUGUGAACCAAUAGCUACAACCUUUCGCGCGAAGUAG